CCAUAAAACUCGUUCAAAUUAUUCCCUCAUUGGUCAGAUUUGAAAAUAAACGAACAUUCUAGAACCACAACACCCACGAGAAAACGCCUAACCCAAAACCAUAUAGAUGUAUAUAUAUACCCCUCCUCUUCCUUGCUAUUUUCACAUCUCAUUACUCUUCUUUCUUCCUUCACAAAACAAAUCUCAAUUCUGCUCUCCUUCUUGUGUUUUCUCUCUUCUCAGAUCUAAUAAUAAUAUACAAAGUAGUUGUCUAAAGCAAUAGAAUGGCUGGAAAAGGGGAAGGGCCGGCGAUCGGAAUUGAUCUAGGGACUACAUACUCUUGUGUUGGUGUUUGGCAACAUGAUCGUGUCGAGAUUAUUGCUAAUGAUCAAGGAAACAGGACGACGCCGUCUUAUGUUGGAUUUACUGACAGUGAACGACUCAUUGGUGAUGCUGCAAAGAAUCAGGUCGCCAUGAAUCCGAUCAACACUGUUUUCGAUGCAAAGCGGCUUAUUGGUAGGAGGUUCAGUGAUGCAUCUGUAAAGGAAGACAUGAAAUUGUGGCCUUUUAAGGUUGUUGCUGGACCUGGUGAUAAGCCAAUGAUUGUUGUAAACUACAAGGGUGAAGAGAAGCAGUUUGCUGCUGAAGAAAUCUCUUCUAUGGUGCUGACAAAGAUGAAGGAGAUUGCAGAGGCCUUCCUUGGUUCUACUGUGAAAAAUGCUGUGGUGACUGUGCCAGCCUACUUCAAUGACUCACAACGUCAGGCUACAAAGGAUGCUGGGGUUAUUUCUGGACUAAAUGUCUUGCGUAUUAUUAAUGAACCUACAGCUGCUGCCAUUGCCUAUGGAUUGGACAAAAAGGCUACUAGUGUAGGUGAGAAGAACGUGCUUAUAUUCGAUCUUGGUGGUGGUACUUUUGAUGUAUCCCUCCUCACUAUCGAAGAGGGUAUCUUUGAGGUGAAAGCCACAGCAGGAGACACUCACCUUGGAGGUGAGGAUUUUGAUAACAGAAUGGUGAACCACUUUGUCCAGGAAUUCAAGAGAAAGCACAAGAAGGAUAUUAGUGGUAAUCCCAGAGCUCUAAGAAGAUUAAGGACAGCUUGUGAGAGGGCUAAGAGAACUCUUUCUUCCACUGCUCAGACAACAAUUGAAAUUGAUUCUUUGUAUGAGGGAGUUGACUUCUAUUCUACCAUUACCCGUGCCAGAUUUGAGGAGUUGAACAUGGAUCUCUUCAGGAAGUGUAUGGAACCCGUUGAGAAAUGUUUAAGGGAUGCUAAGAUGGACAAGAGCAGCGUUCAUGAUGUUGUUCUUGUAGGUGGAUCAACUAGAAUUCCCAAGGUGCAGCAGCUGUUGCAAGACUUCUUCAACGGCAAGGAGCUCUGCAAGAGCAUCAACCCAGAUGAGGCUGUUGCCUAUGGUGCUGCUGUGCAAGCUGCCAUUCUCAGUGGAGAAGGUAACGAGAAGGUCCAAGACUUGCUGCUUUUGGAUGUUACCCCUCUUUCUCUUGGGUUAGAAACUGCAGGAGGUGUGAUGACUGUACUGAUUCCAAGGAACACCACAAUCCCUACCAAGAAAGAGCAGGUAUUCUCCACCUACUCCGACAACCAACCCGGUGUAUUGAUUCAGGUGUUCGAGGGUGAGAGAGCAAGAACUAGAGACAACAAUUUGUUGGGUAAAUUUGAGCUUUCUGGUAUUCCCCCUGCUCCUCGAGGGGUGCCCCAGAUCACGGUUUGCUUUGACAUUGAUGCAAAUGGUAUCUUGAACGUCUCUGCUGAGGACAAGACCACUGGACAGAAGAACAAGAUCACAAUUACCAAUGACAAGGGUAGGUUGUCAAAGGAAGAAAUUGAGAAGAUGGUCCAGGAUGCGGAGAAAUACAAGGCCGAGGAUGAAGAACUCAAGAAGAAGGUGGAGGCCAAAAAUUCUCUGGAGAACUACGCCUACAACAUGAGGAACACAGUGAAGGACGAGAAAAUUGGCUCUAAGCUUAGCCCGGAUGACAAGAAAAAGAUCGAGGAUGCUAUUGAUCAAGCGAUUUCAUGGCUAGAUAGCAACCAGCUUGCAGAAGUCGAUGAGUUCGAGGACAAGAUGAAGGAGCUUGAGGGCAUCUGUAAUCCCAUCAUAGCAAAGAUGUACCAGGGUGCUGGUGGUGAGGCAGGUGUGCCUAUGGAUGAUGAUGCUCCACCAGCUGGUGGUAGCAGUGCUGGACCUAAGAUUGAGGAGGUUGAUUAAGUGGUCGAUUAGCAGAGUUUAGUAGAUUACUUGGAAUUGGUUCUUAUUUUUCAAGUUUUAUGUUUUGAAUUUUAUUUAGGUAUUUUCCAUUAUUCUUGGUGUUUUUAAAUACCGAUUUUAAGUUGGCGGCAA